AAUACUGCUAGCAUAUAUGAAACCAAGCUAAGCUAACAUUUGGAUCAAAGUUCACACCCUGAAAAUGCAGAUUCCCUGUAUAUUCUCACUCAGCCUCUUCAUCAUCUUGUCGAUUACACAUACCGUAAUAUGUUUAGAUACGUGCGAGCCUAGUUCAUGCAGUCCUAUAGCACCACAGGUGAGGUUUCCUUUUCGGCUUGAUCAACAACCGAGAGAGUGUGGUUAUCCAGGUUUUGAUCUUUCUUGCAGCAACCAAAGUGAAAUUUAUCGGAAUCUAUUAUUUGGCGGAGACUAUGCAGUAAGUGCUAUUAAUUAUACAUCGCAGACUAUGAAAUUUAAGCCAAAGUUUUGUCCACUUCCUAGAAUUGACACUUUUAAUUCGUUCGGCAAGCCUUUUGAGUAUGCUUUCGAGCAAUAUACUUUUUUUAAUUGUUCAUCGACCUGGUUUUAUCCGGGUUUUGCAUCAUUUGAGGUGGUGGAGUGUGUUACUGAUGUGAAUGGUACAGCUAUUGUGGUUGCUAACAAAGAUUAUAAUGGCUUGCUGCCACCAUCUUGCACGAAUAUUCUUUCUACCAGAAAUAUUCCGGUGGGGGUACGAUGGAGUGUACCAUUUUGCCGGAAUUGUGAGCUUCAAAAUAAGACUUGCGGGUACAAGAAGGUAGAAACGCUGGAAAUUGGCUGCUCUGUAUCUUCUAAAAGUGGUCUUUCUACAGCUGCGAUGUAUGGAAUAUCAAUUGGCGCAGGAUUGCCUGCACUCUUUCUUCUCAUUUGUCUGGCAAUUUACGCAAGAAAAAAAGUCAAUGACCAUGCUCAAAUCCAACAGCAAAAUCAUGUGCCAGAUAUCCCCACGACAACAAUAGCACAACAGCUUCCUGUGUCUGUAAUGGGACUAGACAAGCUCACCAUUGAGUCGUAUCCGAUCACAGUAUUGGGCGAGAGCAAGCGAUUGCCUAAGCCUAGCGAUUCAACUUGUGCAAUAUGUUUGUCUGAAUACAAGCCAAACGACACACUGAGGACAAUACCAGAAUGCAAUCACUAUUUUCAUUCAGAUUGCAUAGAUGAAUGGCUCCAACUCAAUGCCACUUGUCCGGUUUGUAGGAACUUGCAGGAGUCUGCAACUCCUAUACCCUCAUCUACUUCGUCGAAUACUUGAACUUAAAGAUCUGGCGGAGAAUAGUAUAUAUAUACUCUGUUAAAAUUAAUUUGCAGAAAUUCUUUUCGGUAUGUGAGAAAGGGUACAUGCUCUGUUAGUAUAAGAUUUGUUAAGAAUUACAUGUAGCUAAAUAGAUUUGGUGAUGGAUA